AUGAUCAACUGUGCUGAAGACUUCACCAAAAGACAGACGGACGGCAGGAUAUUUCCUAGAUGUUUAUCUUCUCUUAACUCAUUCCACACGCUUUCAAAAUUUCCGUUCAUUGUCUCUGCAUCUUUUUUCACACACGCGCUCUUUCUUUCUCUAUUUCACUCUUUUCCUAAUCUUUUACUCUUAUUUAAUUUCGUCAUUGUCUUUCACUUGUCUUAUAUUUCUAUUUAUCUUUCUCUACUUGAGGAUUUUUUCUCGUCUUUUACUUCUUUUUCAUCUUCUACUUUUUCUUUAUUUUCUUUUUCUUUUUCUCUUCUCUCUCUCUCCCUCUCUCUCUCUCUCUCUCUCUCUCUCGAAUCAUUUUCUGACUUUUUCUUUUCUCGCCUUCUCCUUCUCUUAUUUUUUCUUUCCUUCUCUUUUCUUCUUUGUCUUUUUCUUUUCGUUUAUUUUUUUGUUUUUCUACCCCUUUUUUUCUCUUCUCGUUCUUCGUUCUCUUUCAUUCGUCUAUUUUUUUUCUUUCUAUUUCAACUCGUUGCUUUCAUUUCUUAUUUUUCUAACCUUCUUUUUUUUCCUUAUUUUUUUCUCUAUCAUUUUUCUUUUUCUCUUUCUCUUAUUUUCUUUCUUCCCUUCUCUAUUCUUCUUCUCUUUCUUUCUUCGUUGCCUUUGUCUCCUUGUGUCUCUCUCUUUUUCUCCUUCCCUGCGUCGUUCUUUUUCUCUUAUCUAUUUCUUUUCCCUUCCACCGCUGUCUCUCGCUUUCUCUCUCUCUCUUCCUCUCUCUCUCUCUCUCUCUCUCUCUAUCCCUCUCUUGUUAUUUAUCUCUCUCCUCUCUAUCUCUCUCUAUUUCUCUCUCAUUCAUUCUUUCUUUCUUUCUAUCUCUCACCCUCUCUUUCUCUUUCUCUUUAUCUCUCUCUUUUUCUCUCUCUCACACUCUCUCUCUUUCCCUCUCUCACUCUCUCUUUCUCUCGCUUUCUCUCUCUCACUCACCUCUCUCUUUCUCUCUCACUCUCUCUCUUCUUCUCUCUUUCUCUCUCUUCCAUAUUUUUUGUCUAG